AUGCUCCUUCUUAACAACUUCGUCAACAUCAUAACCCUGAUUGGGGCUAUGAUGUCAUUCCAAGUUCAAGGUCUGGCGGUAGAUCUGCCAACGGCUCUGAGCAAACGCCAGGGACAAUGCCUCUCGAGACGUCGUGCCAUCGCUGCAGCAGGCUACCUUGGCACCUGGACUAUUGACGUCUCUGAAGUGGGUAAUGGAAUAUUUCAUCGACCAGUGCCAUAUCCAGAUAUCGGGUUGGUUACGGAUAUAGCGAGCGCGGAAGCCGACACCAUGAGAUUCCGGUGGCAAGGGGCUUCGACCAUGCCGAGAAACACCAACUAUUUCUUGGUUCCUGGCGAUUAUCUGCGAGAGAAUGGUGUCCCUGCGAGCAGUCCGAAUAUAGUUCACCUAACCACACACAGCGAAUGUGACGUCACCUACGAUCGUGGUGCUGGUGUCACUGCAGUGUCUGUAAAAGUGUAUCGCGUUAUAAAUUAG